AUGAGCUCCCACCAGAUCGCUGUAGCGAAGGCUUCGUUCUCCGCCGGCCUUUUACGGCCUGACCCUCAGCCAGUCUCUGGAGAUGAGAUAUCACGCUUUCACAAAGAGCUCGACACGAUGAUGUCGCAUUGCUCCCCAGCACAUAUCCAGAUAUGCAAAUCAUGGCUUCUAAAAAAUGUUGCCCCUUCGUCCGUCCGGGUAGGGGGAUUAGGCAAAUACUUCAUUGCGCUGGCAGAGUACUUGCAACAGAAACCAACGGAUAAGCGAGAAGCUCAAAACGGAGGUGAUAGAAAGCACGGCGCAUCUUCGAGGAGAAAGACGUUGCAUAUUCUCUACCUACUAAAUGAUUUACUUCACCAUACGAAAUACCAUGGCCCGACGUCCACUUCAGCGUUUUCAACGGUGGCCGAGUCAUUACGCCCAUACUUGACCACUCUUUUUGGCCGUGCUGGGAGCUAUUGCCGUGACAAUAGCGCGAAGUAUCGCAAGCGGGUUGAAGAUCUUAUCAAGAUAUGGGAAAACAAUGCAUAUUACAGUGCGGAAUAUAUGAAGAAAUUGAGGGAUGCGGUUGAAAAUUUCGAAGCUACUGAGGAAAAGGCUGCUAUAGAUGGAGAAGCACAUGCUGAACAGAAAAAGGCUGAAACGCGAAAUAUUCCAUAUGUGAUGCCGGCGACUCAUGGUGAUCCCAAUGCGCCAUAUUACGAAUUACCUGCAGGAAACAUGCUACCGCACAUAAUCCCAGAUUCCUCUGCUGCAAUCCGAACCCAGUCAUUAAAACCUCUCCAAUUUGCCGCUGGCCCUGCUGAUGAGACUCUUAUCAAAGCUGUGAAAUCCCUCCUUGCAGAAGUGGACAGGAUUUAUGAUACCAAUAAAAACGAGUCUCCGGAGCUUACUAUAGUAGAUGUGGAUGAGCUGGGACAAACCACAACACACAACGAUAUGACGGGGGAAUCACUGGACAGUGGCACAUACUACGGCUGGUCGCGGGAAUUUUGCCAAAAUAUGAAACAACGCAGGAAUGGAAAAGCUCGCAGCAGAAGUCGAAGCGCAAGUCAAAGCAUUAGCUCGCGGCGGUCAGCCAGUAAAAGACGACGGUACAGUGAUAGCAUGAGCGAAGACGGGAGAGGCCGUUCACUGUCCUCGAGCUCAUCAAUAUCUCGUGGGCGUCGACGGCGAGCCUCAGUGUCCCGCUCCCGAUCCCCUCGCCGUCGACCUAGGGCCGGCCGUUCAGCAUCCAGAUCGGCGUCAUAUUCGCCUAAACCGUCUGCUCUUCGGGGAGUCUCACCACCACCUCCUCCACUUACUUCUUCACAACCAGCAAAUCAAACCCAAGCAUCUUACGUCAACCCUCAAUUCCCUUUUAUCGGCGCGCAGCAGUUGAGCAUGCUAGCCAUGAACCCUGCGCAGUCAGUAAUGUUUCCUCCUCCAGUUCGACCACCAAACUAUCAUGGGCCGUGGCCACCCCCGCCUCCUCCGCCUCCACCAGGCAUAUCUGCACCAGAAGGGGGUCUGUUCCCUCCGGCCAUGAAUAUAAACAUGGCCAUGAACAUGGGUAUGAAUAUGAACCUGCCAGCCUUUCCUCAAAACUUCCCACCGUCGACCAUGGGUGGGUCUAUGGGCGGACAACAGUUCAUACCUCCGCCGCACCAGCCAGGAGCAAACUUCGCUUUCAGUCCACCACAUCCCCACCAGCAGCAGCAGGGCCAGCAAGGCGAGCAGAGCCAGCAAAACCAACAGGGUCAGCACGGACAGAUAUACGCAAGAAACUCAAGCUCGGGCCCCAAUGGGAUGGGCAGAUGGAACCAAGGCGGAUGGUCAUGA